CACAAAGUGGAGAAGCCUCUGGUUGUUUGGGAUAUCAUAGAAGCAUUAUUGACGUUCAAGCAGUCUGCACCUAAGUAUGUGGAGCAUGUACUAGCUAAGUGGCGUGCAAAAACCUUGUUACAUUCUUCUAGAUUAUUCUCAAAAAAAAGUUCCCGACAGUUGCACCUCCUUAACAUUAUAAGUCGGCGUGUGGUCCUGGCAGAGCUGGAGGCAGACAAAAUUAACUGCUGUUUGAAGAAUUUUGAAGGAAUACGUGGUGCUGAAGAAGAACACCUUGCUUUGUGGCUGGAGCUGCUUCUGAGCAGUGAAAGAGAACUCCGAGAAAGGCUCGUGGCUUUUAGUUUCUCUGCUGUUUCAAGCAUUAUGUCACGCUCAUCCACAAAUUUUGAUACUGGAUACUGGCAUCCUGUUGGGUUAGCACAAAUGGAGCAAUGGGUUGCACUUAAUCAUGAUUAUGUACGGGAUCAUCCGAAACUCCUUGCAGCAGAAGUCAGAAAGCUUAAGAAGAGCGGGCUCCACUCCAUACACCAAUUUGUAGCAGAAGAGCAAUGUAGCUAUUGUUCAGCACCUGUUCCAUUUGAAUCUACAGAAUAUGCUUUCUGCCGAGGUGUGAAUUGCAGCGAUGGAGUUAGUCAGAGACACAAACUGUUCCGGUGUGCUGCUUCCAUGCAGGUCUGCCCUACUACUACUACUUCAUGGUUUUGCUUGUGUUGUCAGAGACGGACUUCCAAUAUGGCACCCCAGGCUCUAUUCAGAAUGCCCUCUUAUCCUUCAGAUUUCAAGAUCUCUACUGAAUCUUCAAGGCUAGAACUACUUUCAAAACCAUUAUGCCCCUUCUGUGGGAUACUGCUACAAAGAUUACAACCAGAAUUUCUACUGUCAACAUCACCGGUGUAAGUUACAACUCUCUUCUGUAUAUUAAUUGUAUCAUGUGUUAAUUGUCCUAUCAAUAAAUUAGGGUCCAUGCAUGCAAAUGGGGUUAUUAAUAAAUUGGGGUUCAAGUCCUCA